AUGCUUCUGAUGGCUACAAUGGCUUUAUACUUUAUGGCAUCAAAAAUUUUGUUUGAUAAAGUGAACGAAACUUCGAAGAUGGUCAUUCAAGGGCUGUCCUUUUGUAAUAGAAACUUCAGCUACUGUGAUCCAAAACUAACCACCCUGCCCGGACUCUACCUUGUUACAGCAGCCUUCAAAGAUAUCUACUUCCCAUGUAUUACAUACAUUCUUAGAUUCAUUAACUUGGGUGCGUCAUGUCUAAAUCUUACUCUAUUCUCGUCAAUUCUAAAAUUCAUCUAUGGCAACCAGAAUGAUAAUCAAUGUAAAGUUAUAUUCCAAGCUCUAAACUUGGCGUUGCUGCCUCCUUUGUAUUUUUUCUCCCAUGUGUAUUACACCGAGACACUGUCUUUACUAUUGCUAUUAAUGUUUUCUACUUUAUGUUUCAUUAAUAAGUCUAAAUAUCUUAUAUUCAUAUUUGGUGUGUUAAGUGUUUUAAUGAGGCAGACUAAUAUUGCUUGGAUCGCUAUGGUUUUCGGGUUCAAGGUCCUCAAUAUACUUAUAAGAAGCUCCAGAGUGUUCGGCAAUAAUUACUUAAGGAAUACUAUGUUGAGCAAACGGUCUCUCAUAGCCAGAGACAUUGAUACGUCCAAACUAAAACGUUAUUACGGCUUAACGGAUGUGUAUAUCGCAUUAAAAUAUCAUUUACCAACAUUUUUCACGAAUAGUUUCCAAUUUAUAACGACCAUGGAUUGGUUUCUUAUAGUACAGCAGCUAAUGAUUAUGAUAUUAUACGUUGUAUUUGUGUUUAUCAACGGUUCAUUCGUUGUCGGUGACAAGGAUUCUCAUACACCAACCCUUCAUUUACCCCAGAUGUUAUAUUUCUUACUUUUUUAUGGAGUUUUUGGUGUACCAUAUGUUUUAAGGAAAUUAUUGUCAACAUUAAAAUUGUUGUACCGUAAUAAGUUGCUAUUUGUGCUCAUUGCUUGUGUGUUUCUUGUUGUGGUGCAUUACAAUACAAUAGUUCAUCCGUGCAUCGUAGCUGAUAACCGUCAUUACACCUUCUACAUUUGGAACCGCUGGUACGGUAAAUAUGAUUAUGCUAAAUAUGCAACGGUUCCCUUAUAUGUGUUUCUGCUGUUCAGUCUGUAUGAUAAUUUGAAAGAUCAGAACUGUAUAACCUUUCUGUUGCCGUACUCAAUGAGUUUGUUCCUGGUUCUGUGUUUGCAGCCGCUAGUGGAAAUCAGGUAUUUCCUGACUCCGUACAUAAUAUUAAGAUUUAGGUUUGCUCAUCCAUCAUUUAAGACGGUUCUGUUCGAGUUUGUUUGGUAUGUUACAUUGAAUGUGCUAAGUUUUUACAUUUUCUUCACCAAAGAGAUAAUUUGGAGCGAUAUCAACAAUAUCCAGAGGAUUAUUUGGUGA